CGUUGAAGCAACCGACCUCUGUAAUGACUGCAUUUUGUGCUGUCGCCUUCGACACUCGUGUUUGGUUGGCGAACGACUAUGAUUGUGGCUGGUUGGUUGAGGAUGGGGGUGGUGGGAAGGCAGGCGGGACAGCGCGUGUUGUCAUCGUUGACAUCGUUGGCAGUGGCACCACGGCAGGCACGCAGCAGUGUAAGGACGAUGGUGUCACUUGCAGCAUCAACAACAGUCGCGACCACACGCCACACACACGCUCCGUCGUCGGUUUUCCCGUGCAGCUGUCACUCCCGGUUCUUCAGUGCACAGGCUUUACCUGCAAGCGACGCAGACAAUGACAACGACCGCACCAUGCUCACGGCGUCGGGUCGGCCGCUCAACCCAAGAAAGGUCUUUUUGACGAAGCGCAUUGAUGAGGCCAUCGUCAAUUCGACGUUUGCAGGCAUUGUUCGCCACGCCGCCCUUAACGCAGAGGAAUGGGCACAGCUCCGAUAUGACCUGCGCCAACAGAACCUCGGAAUUACCAUCAUCCCCAACGGUGUCACCCGCAAGUACUUGGAGAUUAAGGGGCUCCCUGAUGCGCUCACUGCCCACUUUGAGGGCCACACCGCCGUUGUCUUCUCCAAGGACGACAUGCCUUUUGCCGACUUCAAGAAGCUCGAAAAGCACCCAAAGCUGGAGCUUGUUGCUGCGUUUGCGGAUGCGCGCGUGCUGGGUGUGAAUGAGGUAGACAAAUACGCCGACAUUCCGAGCCUGGACGCCCUCCGAGGACAACUGCUCACGGUGAUGCAGCAGCCGAUGAUGGUGCUGAAGCAGGUGCUGACCAGCAACCAGAGCAGGCUCGUGUACGCGCUGGGGCAGGUGGCAUCACCCGACGACGCCAAGGACGAGUGACGCCGCUGCUUGUAGUGGCGUGUAUGUGAUGUUCCUGUGUGUUGCUUGUAUUCUCUCCGUGUGCGUGCGUGUGAGGGUGUGCUUGUAUGUUUGAGUUUAGUGUUCGCCAUUUAUCGUCAUUCCCAAGGAGCAAGUAUAGACAGAAGGGAACAACAAGAGCAAAA